GAAUCUCAUAUCUGCCCCACCUCGCCUGCAACUUUUAAUCCUCCAUUUCCACGGAAUCUUCAAUCCUCUCCUCUCAUCUUCCCAACGAUGGAAAUCCUUCUCCUUCCCAAAUAGCUUUCCUUUUUAGGGAUUAAACUUCAUAUUAGAUCAAACCCAGAUGUCAUCGCCUUCGCUUUCCUCCUCCUUCUCUGUCAUCUGCAUUCUCCACUCGCUCAUCGCUAUAACUAGCGGCAGCCUCAUGAUGUUUCACAUGAAGGGAAUCUACACCUUUACCCAUGGCCUCGAUACAGCCACCAAGCUCAUGGGUUCCACCCCGCAUGACCAGCUCCUGAUCCGGACUUCCGAUUCCUUUUCUGGGUUGCUGCUCUUCGCCAUCGGGUUUCUCAUAUUCAUGGUCUCUUUCGUAAAAGAUCGAGACUUCCAGUCUUUCUUCGCCAAAGGGUGCACGGUUCUUCAUGUUUUCAUGGCUCUUUGGAGGGUUUAUUUUGAGAGGAGGGUUGAUGUAUUGGCUUGGGAUUGGUUAAGACAGACGGUUGGCGAUAUCUUAUUGGCUUUCUCCUGGGUUUUUUUCCUUGUUUAUUCCUGGAGGGAGAAGUAUGAUUGAUUUUUCUUUUCGACAUAAUGUAGUAUAUCAAUGGAUCCUCGAGGUAACUCUGAUACUCGAAUCAUGUUCUAUUGGCACUAGUCAAGCAUCAAUGUGGCUAGCUGCCAGAGCUGGUUUGUGGUAGCAAUAACAGGAGUGGGUACAACUUGCUUUGAUAAGUAGCUUUGAAUUAGCCGAUGGAACUCUGAGCUCGAUGGCAGUGGGCUUUAGUGUCGCUAAUGGAGUUAAAAAGAAAAUUGAAUGAGUUGCGUAUGCGUUUCAGUCACCAGGAGCACUUUUCUGGUUAAGAAAUGGAAGGGUAGAUACUAGAUAUCAUUCUAGUCCAUUAUAUGAAUAGAUGGAGGGUUCCAGUUUACUCGGAGGCUGCCAUGCGGAAGAAUGAAAUUUUCAGUAAAUUAAUCUAGCAAAGCUUUUAUUGCAAACACUGGGCCAAGUAUUGUCUUUAUUGACCCAUAUGCAUAGUUGAUAGUUCUAUCUAUUCACCGGAUUCAAGUAGUUUUUAGUUCCCUUUCUGAUCGAUUGCCGUGUGAAACAUUCCAAAGCAUCUAGUGGCAAUUUACUUGGACAUAUAA